UUUCAAGGUCAAAACUAAAAAACUGAAGAAAUAUAACUUUAAUUUUAUAAACCUGUUGAUUAUUUAUUAAUUUUGUACGAUAUAUAAUUUAUGUACGACUGUUCUUCGUGUUUUUUUCAGAUUCUUGCAUGGCAUCGUCUCCUCCUGACGCUCUCUUUUGGCCGGUCCUUAUACGCUGUUCGCGUAUAGUGUUUGUUGGUGUCGGUACGACAGGUAUCCUAACCUCACAACUGUCAGAUUUUAACAAUUUAUAACUCUCUUAGUAGUGCCGAGCGACAAUUUUAACUUGCAAAUUCGUGUUUUACAGGCAAAAAUACCCGAUCCUAUGAAUUUUCAUGAAAAACGGAGAAUGAGAGACUCUCCUUCAGUAUUACCUGGAGACUUUAUCGACAGUGCUUGAAAAUGGGCGUAGCGGAGUAGUUUCAAAAAUAAAAGUGGGCGUAAAGCGCUGGAAACUGCUUAGCGAAAUAACAAGUAAAACACCAGAGUGGCCGCUCUCAGGAUCGAGUCUCGCUUGGCCGUGCCGUGAGAGCUGGCUGCGCUUUGUGCGCUUGAUUUGUCAAGGGGACGAGCGUAGCGUAGCUGGAGGCAGAGCGGCCCGCCGUGCCGGAUGCCGCCGCGUUAAUACGCUCUCGUCGGCGUGAGGCGCCGAUCCGACGGGCAACGACUCCGAGUACCGGCGACGAGGGAACGACGACGACGAGGACGAGCAGGAGUGCAACGACGACGACGACGGGAAGAAGAGGCGUACGCGGCCGUCGGUCCCGUGUCGGCGAUGUGGCGGGCGUCCCGGGCCGCUGGGUGUCCGGCGGGGGUGCUCGCGCGUCCCGUGACGGCCGUGGCGGGUCUCCGGAUCGAGGGGUGAGGAAGUCGACGUAGGAGCAGCUUGGGGCGCGCGCUCAGGCGAGAGCUCGUGCGUGCGUGCGAGCGAGCGAGCGAGCGUGCGAGCGAGCGAGUUUCACGGGAUCGCCCCUUCCGAGCCGCGCCGGAGCAACGACGACAACGACGACGACGACGACGACGACCACCGCUCGUCGACGGUUGGUAGGUAACAGUCCUCCGCGUUAGAGCGCGACAAUGGCAUCGCAGAAUCAAGGCGCCGUCAGCGUCACCUCGCCCGGUGUCGUGUCGACGACGAUGACAACGACAACGGCCAACGGGCCGCCGUCAACGUCGGCGCCGUCGUCGCCGGCCGCUACCGUCCUGGCCAGAGCGGCCGACAAGGCGCAGCCCCUGGCCUUCGGUGCCCAGCCGUCGCAGUCGCAGAUCCAGCAGUCGUUGCAGUCGCAACAGCAGGCCAACAACAUCGAGCCGCUGGACAAGAGCUCCUCCAACACCCUCAAGCGUAACCCAAAAAUGGAGCUGAGCAAAACUGAUUUGCUCAAGUUACUGGGAUACCUGGAAGGCGAGCUCCAGGCGAGAGACAUAGUGAUAGCGGCAUUAAAAUCAGAAAAAAUGAAACACCUUCUAAGCUCCCGGUAUCUCAGUAGUACUGCGGAUCCGCACGCGGCAUUAGCUCGCGACGUCGCGAUAGUAGGUGGUGUUAUUGGUGUCGAAGGGAAUCAAAUUGAUCAACAAGUCGCUAGUCUGGAAGCACUGGUGACGCAGCAAAGAAAGGCGCAGUGUAGGAUGACUAAAGUCCUUAGGGAUGCUGAAAUUAGGCACAGAGCGGUAAUUAAAGAAUUGGAGGAAGAGAAGCGGAAACACGAACAUGAUACCGCUCAGGGUGACGAUAUCACCUACGGUCUUGAGAAAGAGCGGACGAGAUUGAAGAAGGAGUUAGAAUUAGAGAAACAAGAGAAAAAGAGAUUAGAGAUGGAAUUAAAGAAGAUCAACGAUCAUCUCGAGGAAGAAAAGGGUCGGCAGAAGCAGAUCGUGCUGCUCCUCUUGGCGGAACGUAAAAAGAUUAUUAUGAAGUACAUUGAGGAGAGGAAGCGAUCCGAGGACUUGGCUCAGAUACUCAGCGAGGAGAAGGUGAGGAUAGAUUCGAUGGCCGAGGGCCUCGAGGAAGAGAGUAAAAAGUCACUGCAGAUGGAGGCGGAAUUGGAGAAGCAGUUAGCGCAAUUCGAUAUGGAGAGGCAGCAGUAUCGGCAGGCCCUCGUCAAGGAGGAGAAGAGAGCGAAGGAUUUCGAGACGGAAUUGGAGAAGUUACGCGCCGAAAUGGACACGUGGAAGGAGUCGCAGGCUCGCGGACCUGCCAGAGGAGUCGGCGCAACUCCGCCGCCGCCGCCGGCGAAACCAGCGAAUCUGGUCGCCAUGCCGACACUCAGGCCGGCUAGUGCUCCGCAAGCAAUGAAGGGGGCGGUCUUGGGUACAGGGACACCUAUGGUCAGCAGUAAAGUUGUUCAGCCUACUGCGACAGUAUCCAGUGUUCCUGUCAGUGGGCCAACGACUGGGAUUGCUAGGUCUGUAACACCUGGACAGGCACUUCGCGGAGUCGCAUAUACGCCUAAUUUAACAUCUGUGGGUGGAGAAUCUACAGCUCCUUCAGACACGCAGGCCGUAGACAAGCGACAGCCGGCUGUACCUGCGCCCGUCGGUACCGCGGCCGCCGCCGCGGCUAAGCUUAUCUCGUCGUCGCAAGCCGCCGUCGCCGCCGCGGGGGGAAAGCUCGGCUUUCACGUCGGCCAGUCCUCGAGUCCUGCCGCCAGCCCCGCUGUUCAAGCAUCCGCCGCCGCCGCCGCUGCCGCCGGUAGCGGAGGUGGUGGUAUCCUGCCCGCGAAAAAGCCGCCGAUGUCGCGCGGCGUGCCGCCCCCGGUACCGCCGAAUAAACCGGUGGUACCACCGAAAAAGGAGGCGGCCGCUUACCUCCGGAGACCGGAGCUGCAGUCGCAGAGCGCGCCGCAGCAGCAGGACACCGGCAAGUACGGUAAACAGCCGGCCCCGUCGCAUCCCGGUGCGCAGCAGCCGCCGCCGCCUCCUCCGGCGGGCACCACCCCGGUCGCCGCCGACGAAGAGGUCAGUAAUAAGACGGCGGAGUCGAGGUAGAUUAGCGGAAUUGCUCGUCAUUGCUCUCCGUAACGUAGGGUAAAGACGCACCCCCUCCUUCGCUAAAGAUGCACUCUGCGACAAAAAAAGAAAAAUG